GCGUCUGUCAGCCCCGGGUGUCUGUCAGCCCCGGGCGGCCCCCGCCGCCGCCGCCGCCGCCGCUGCUUAGGCAGGAACCGGCGAGUGGAGGCGCAGCACCCAGGCGCGGGCUCAGGCCGGGCCUGCUGCCGUGCCUGUGGGCAGGGGGAGGCAGCCCCAGCAACGUUACUGGUGUUGUAGGGCAGGAUGGCUUCAGUUGAAAGGGAGGCACUGUCCCAAGAUGAACUCAGGAAAAGGCUGUAUCAGACUUUUAAGAACCGAGGUGUGCUGGACACACUAAAGACACAGCUCCGAAACCAGCUAAUCCAUGAACUAAUGCACCCAAUUUUAAGUGGAGAACUUCAGCCACAGGCUGUUCCAAAUGGUGACAGUUCACUUUUGAUCACAGCUUCCAACAGUUUGGUGGCAGAUCAUCUCCAGAGAUGUGGCUAUGAGUAUUCACUUUCUGUUUUCUUUCCAGAAAGUGGAUUGGAGAAGAAAAAGCUGUGGACUAUGCAAGAUCUUCUUCAAUUAAUGAGGAUCAAUCCAAAAUCUAGUCUUUACACAUCACUGACUUUGGGAACUCAAAAGGAGAAUAAAGGUUUUCUUAUGCAGAUUUUAAGGGAACUUACAGAGCAUCAUCUAAAUAGGGAAACUCAUGACACACAAACUCAGACAACCUCAGUGCCUCCUUACAGAGAAUCUCUUGCUGAGAAGCUUCAACUGAUUGAUGAACAGUUUGCAGACUCUUAUCCUCAACAUCAGAAAUAUGAAUCUUUGGAAGUAAAACUGAAUGAAUAUAGAAAAGAAAUAGAAAAGCAGCUUCAAGCAGAAAUGUGGCAAAAGCUAGAACAUUUUAAAGAAGUUGAAAUAGCAAAGAUUAAAAUGGAGGAGAAAGUGCAGACCCAGAAAGAAAUCUCAGAGCUACGUCAUGAGUUAGAGAGGACACAUCAAGCGAAGUCUGAAGCCUUGAUUUCUCGUGAAAAGAAUGCUAUUGAGAGGCUUCAAAAACAGCAAGAGAUAGAAGCAAAGGAAGUAUAUGCUCAGAGACAAAGUCUACUGAAAGAUAUUGAAGUUGUAAGGACGAGAGAGGCGGAACUGAAGCAAAGAAUUGAGGCGUUUGAAGUCACUCAGAAACUUCAGGAAGAGAAAAAUAAAGCUUUCGAUGAUGCGCUUCGACGUCGGGAGGUUGCUGUGAAGAGUAUAGAGGACACAUAUGACCAGAAGCUUAAGACGGAACUCUUAAAAUAUCAGCUUGAAUUAAAAGAAGAAUACAUAGCCAGAACCAAUAAAGUUACAGAAGAUGAGAAAAAAAAUAAAGAGAAAGCAAAGCUUUUACAUGAAGAAGCUGUUGCUGUUAAUUCAAAAAAGGAGGAACUCAAGCAAGCUAUAUCACGCACAAAGGAGCUUGAGUUGGAUUUGGAGUCAGUGAAGGCGCAGAUUCUGUUGGUAAAUAAACAGAAUCAGUUGUUGACAGAAAAACUGAAAGAGGUCUCAGACUAUCCUUUGCUAAAGGAGGAGAAAUUGGAGCUCCAAGUACAGAAUAAACUACUUAGGCAACAGUUGGAUGAGACUCGCAAUGAGAACCAGCAUCUUCGAGACAAGCUGUCCCAGCCCUCGGCGGAGCACCUGGCCUGCCAAGUGGAGCUGAGGAGAGUGGAACAUUCUAGGAAGCUGGCACUGGACGAAUUUGAAAGUCAAAGGCAGAUUUUGGAAAAGCAGCUACAAAGUGAGGUUGAACGUUGUGCCCAGUUAAAGACCCAACUGUUGGACUCCGAAGCUACCGUCAGGAAGUUAAAUGUGCAUGUUGAAGAACUGAAACUGCAGCUGAAACAAACACAGGCAGCUCUGGAAAAUGAAGUGUAUCGGAAUCCUAAGCCUUCGCUUGUCGAUCGCUCUGUCCUUGACUUCACUGGCGACAGAAUUGUACCUCAUGAUAUCUAUGUGGACAGCGCUUUCCUGAAGAAUCAGGUUAUGACCGACAUGAUGAAGGUAAACGCUGUGCCAGGAGUUGGCUAUCGUCAGCAGUUGCAGCUGCGCAAUGCUUCUCCGGAUUCUGACCUGGAGUGUGUGGCACUAACCCGGGCUAGAAUAAAAGAACUAGAAAAGGAGGCAGAGUAUUUGGAAGAAGCCUACAGGAACUACCAACACAGAGUCAUGUGGGAGGCGGCUGCAAGCAGAACGCCAAGAAAGAUGCAGUCCCCUUUACUUGUACAGUCUGCUGUUGGUAGACCCCCCUUGACUACGCAGCAUGAACUUCUAAAGGAUAAUCCCAGCUCCCAGCAUUCCCCCCUGAGCAGUCCAAGAGGUGAAAAAUACAUUAAAAACACUGGGCAGGUUGAUGUCUUUAAAAAUCCCUUAACGCCACCACACAAAGGAGUGUCUUCUUCAAGACGCCUUUCUUCUACUCCCGUUUCCAAAUUGGAAAGAGAUCUCAGCAGCAAGAAAAUUUCAGAUGACAUCAAUGGCUCGUACCUUGCCUCUUCCCAGCAGAGUGUUGACCAGGUGCUUUCUCCUAUUUCAAAGCCACAUCUACCUUCAUCUUCUGAGUCUGUUUCUUCCUCGCCAUCCAGUCAUGGCCAUAAAAUCAGACUUCAUAAUCAACAAACAGACAAACAAGAUUUCACUGAUAUGUCCAGACCAGAGAAACUAAUGUAUGAGGACCUUGAAGAACACAUUUCUUCUCUUGAGUGUCAGGGGGACAUUCCGGAGCAGUGUGAAAGUGAUGGUUUGCAUCCAUCUGGGGACAUCGUCAAUGGAAACUGUGUCACAGCCACUGUACCAGCAGCAGCCACUUCGCUGCAGGACUUAACGGUGCUGGAUCAAAGACAGAUGGAAGAACAGAACAGAGAAGCUGAGGAAAACUUAGACGAAGAAAGGAAAGGAAGAGAAGAAAAGAGAGCGAGCGAGCAAGAGGAAGCUUUGGAAAGAGAGCAAAAAGAAGUGGAAAAGCUUAACAAAGAGUGGCUCCAAGACUCAAAAGUAGGUGAGGAAAAAGAAGAUAAGGAAGGGGUAAAAUCUGAAAACACUAAUUCUGGUGCUGAAGAUAAUGUAAAGGACUCUACUCCCAAUCCAUUAGAAAAAUACAUGAGAAUAAUUCAGCAGAGAAGAGAGCAGGAGCAAGCAAACAAGGAUUCAAAAAAAGAAGAAAUAGGAGAAGUGUCACUUUUAGAGGGACUUACAUCUAGUGAAAAGGAUGACAGCGCUGCAGGCAUUUCUCAUGGAGACACGGAUGAAAACUUCUGGUGAAAUUAUUAUUUAAUUAUUAUUUUUACAAUAAAAAUGUUUUUAUUCUUUCUGCUUGUAAAAAGUGGUAAUAAAUGUUAGGCACCAAGAUUGCAGGCUGUAUAAUUAUAAAUUAAUAUAGCUGAUUUUCAGCUGUCUCAUCACCUCGGUCAGUGAGUUCAGACAGUGAGCCCUGAUGUGUUAUUAAUCCAGGAGGAGGCCCUUGAGUGGGGUGUGAGAAGGGACAAAGCAGUGCAAAGAAAUAAAUCAGUAUGUUGAGGUUUUGGCACUGAAUUCCCAAGUUUUUGGCUUUGGCACUGAGUUUGUACGGCCUUUGACAGCUUUCCAAGUGAUGCCUCCCACCCAGCCCCUUCCCCUCCAACUGUUACAAACUGGAGGUCAGAGUAACACCAGGUCACCACCAGGUUUUUGGAGGUGUCCUGUGGAGACCCUUGGCUGGCACCGUUUGCAGAGCAGCCUGUGACAGCCCCAAGCUGACGUGUCCCUUUCACUGCUCUGGCAGGGGAAGCAAAGACCUUUCCAAACAGCCUGGUCCUGACUACCACCUUGUUGGUAUUAACCAGCCCAGAAUGGAGAGAUUCAAGUAAAAAAAGCUAUUUAACUCGUCUUUAUUCAAGGUUUGUAUUUUGUAGGUGGAUUAUAGGCAAGAUCAUUAAACUUUAUUUACAGUAUAGAAUACAGUAUUUUUUAACCAAGGAAGUAAUUUUGGGCAGCAGCAUGUGUUAUAACUUGCGCUGGCAUUGCGACUGCUCCUCUUGACCUAACUACAGGACAAUGAAGCCAAAUUUGACAGAAUUUAGGGGCAAAAAAACCCCAAAGCUCUCUCUUGAAUUCACUGGAUGUUGAAACACAGCAUACCAAAAAUGUGACAGAAAUAAAGUUUACCUUUAGAAAUUUAAGAUUUAGAAAGUGACUGAGGGGCUAGGCUAAUUUUACAUGCUGCUAAAUUUGGUGUUGCAGCAGCAAUGCUGGCAUUUUUUAAAUUUCUGAGCAAGUUCCUUCUGUUUGAUGUGAGGAAGGGGAAGAACAGCGCUUGUUGCAUUCUGCUGGCUUGGAACAACCACCACUACUUCACCUGAGAGACACUCGCUGACACCCACACCCAUGGGCAGCCUUUCCCAGCACAGGAGCGCAUGGAUACUAUUGAACAAAACAUGUUUUAACUUCAGAAAGAGAAACGUAAAGCCUAGAGAUGCGCUACUAGAGAGGAGCUGUAGGUCUUGUUUUCAAAUAAGCAUACACAAGUGAUGUCUAUUAUCUACAAAUAUUUAUUUUAACACUUGGAUGUAACUACAGGAAGCCCUUGGCACUGAUAGAAAAUAUUGAUUCACUGUUAGGUUACAAAAAUUUAUACAUAGCAAAAUUUAAUGCUCUUUACAUAAAAAUAUUAGACUACUUAAACAAAACUUCAAAAACUCCCAGUAACAGCUACACUGAAUUAGAAAAGAAUUCGGCUUUAAGACACUGCCUCCAUAUUACCCUUAUGCAAACACUGGGCUAGAACAUCACCUGCAUUGCUGUAGAAAUGCCUCCUUCAUGCAACAGGUAAGAACAUACACUAGGCUAUUUUGUCAUAUUUGCUCUACAUUGAUCAACUUUGCCCCUUUUUUGAAACUGUCAAAUGAGACUUUUCAAUAUUUAACAAAAAAAAAUUACAUUUGCAGUUAUACCCCCCAAAACGCCUUUUCUCUUAAUACUGACUUGAAGAAAUUUGUGCUUCCUUUUUUAUAUUCAGCAAACAGUCAAAACUAUCAAACCACACGUCAGCUUAACAUAGGUAUGACUUGAAUAUUUAAUUUUUUUCAAAUGACUGAUGUAUUUUACUUUUUUCCCCCAACAUUUAUAUAUAUAUAUAUAUAUAUAUAUAUCAUAUAGAA